AUGCCUUCGUCCGCGGAACUAUCCUCCUGUAACGAUACAUCGUCCAUUCACAAGGCAAGUACUCGCAGAGGAGCGCCCGACGCAAGUCCGGCGCGAAUCGAUCGGUCCAUAAGGCCCAGCGUCCCGCACGGCAGGCCUGCUGCAAACAGGUGUAUUACUGCCCGAGAUGCGGCGGAUCCUUCAAUUGGCGCUACAAUCUCCAGCAUCAUCUCAAGUUCGCGUGCGGUCAGUCGCCGCGGUUCAACUGCCCGUACUGUCCCUUCCGUACCAAGCACACGUCCAACGUGCGGGCCCACGUGCGCAGGAAGCACCCCGACCGCGAGGUCUACGUCGUCGACAUCCUCAGCUGGCAGCAGCACGGCGAGUCGACGCCGGUCGCGUGAAUCUCCAACGAGACACGUCGGCGUGGAUUUCCGCCGGAAUGAAAGGAUACGUCGUCCUCUAUCGAGCCACGCCUUCGAGUUGGCGUCGACGCGCACGUGGCGGAAAGACUAUAAUCGGUCGGUCGCGAACAGGGACGUCAUGGGCUCGUCGCGCAAUCAAAACGCGAGAUCGUAUCCCUGCGGCAAUUGCAACAGCGUGUUCAGCAUGAAGCACAAUCUUCAGUACCACUGGAGGAUCGAGUGCGGUCAGCCGCCGAGGUACAAUUGCCCCUACUGCGCCUAUAGGACGAAGCAUCCGUCAAACGUGCGCGCCCACGUACGCCGUAUACACCCUGGCAAUGGGGUCUACGUGGUGGACAUACGCAAGACUGAUCCCCUUCUUUUGAACCCUUCCCAGCCCUAAAUUCCAUCUAUCGUCGACGUGUUUGUGACUUAUUCGAGUCGCCCACGCGGCGACGUCUGACGUUGCUCUUGUGAGGUACAGCUUCUAAAGUAUAUUUCCAAAAGAUCCUUACACUGCGCCAAGUUUAUUAUUUUCGUCCAUCGCGCAUUUUAUGCGCAAUUAAAAUGAAGCGACCAGAAUUUUACUUUAGAAAUAUAAAGAGCAUACUUGUAUUAUAUAACGAACUUGUAGAUAAUUCGACAUUAAAUGGUUUUUCGCCGUUA